AUGGCUGCCAUCAACGCUGAUACCCUCGACAUGUCCCUGUUCUUCGGAACCGAGACCCAGAAGAAGGAGUUCUGCGAGAGCCUCCUCGCCCUCCUCAAGAAGCGAGGAUGUGUCAAGCUCCAAAACCACGGUAUCCCUGCCGAGGACAUUAAGCAGCUGUUUGAACAGACCAAAAAGUUCUUCAACCUUUCCCACGAGACAAAGAUGAUCGCCAAGCACCCUCCCCAGGCGAACCCCAACCGAGGAUACAGCUACGUCGGCCAGGAGAACGUUGCCAACAUUAGCGGCUACGAGAAGGGUCUUGGUCCUCUCAAGACCCGUGACAUCAAGGAGACUCUCGACAUGGGCUCCGCCACUGAUGACCUCGUUGACAACCUCUGGGUUCCUGAGGAGAGCCUCCCUGGCUUCCGCAAGUUCAUGGAGAACUUUUACGAGAAGGCCUUUAAGACCGAACUCCAGAUCCUCACCGCUCUUGCCAUUGCCCUCGGUGUUUCUGAGGAUCACCUCAAGUCCCUCCACAACCGCGCCGAGAACGAGUUCCGUCUUCUUCACUACCCAGCCAUUCCUGCCUCCGAGCUCGCUGACGGUACCGCGACCCGCAUCGCCGAGCACACCGAUUUUGGCACCAUCACCAUGCUUUUCCAGGAUUCCACAGGCGGUCUCCAGGUCGAAGACCAAGAGAACCUUGGAAACUUCCGAAACGUCGAGUCCUCAGCGCCAACCGACAUCAUCCUCAACAUCGGCGACUCUCUCCAGCGCCUAACUAACGACACCUUCAAGGCCGCCUGCCACCGCGUCACAUACCCUCCCACGAUCAAGGCGGGCGACGAGCGGGUGAUCCCCGAGCGAUACUCGAUCGCCUACUUUGCCAAGCCCAACCGCAACGCUUCCCUGCUGCCCCUGAAGGAGUUCAUCACUGAUGCUACGCCUUGCAAGUAUGAGGAUGUCACUGCUUGGGAGUGGAACAACCGCCGAAUUGAGGCGCUGUUUACUGCUACUGCUUAA